ACCUUGUUUUUCUUGUUAUUUCAAUAUAAACCAGAAAAGGUCUGCAGUGAAUAACAAGACUGAUGCUGCCCUCCACUGGACAAAAAUCAGCAGCAAUAAACUAGAUUAAGGAAGAGUAUAAAAAAUAUAUAAUCCUCAUAAACUAUGCAAACACAUGCCUGUUCACGUUCAAAAUAGAACAUGAAUAUAAUUAUAUGAUAUGAAUAUAAUAUAAUACAUGAAUAUAAUUGAAGAUAUUUGUCUAACCCAGAUGUCAUGUGAGCUCAGAUCUGUUCCAAGAAUCAAAAAGAGAGCUUACAGGGGUUCAUUGUAAUCAGGGAAGGCAAGGCAAUAUUAUUUGUACAGUACAUUAGUAACAUUUAUAGAAAAAUGUCCUAAAUAAAAUCCAAAGAAAAUGCAAUAAUAAGAAAAGAAAAGAGGAAAAAAUGCAAUAAAAAACUCCUAAAAGACAGUGACCAAACCCACACCAAGCAUAAACACAGAUGUGCACAUACACACAGAAACUAGUUUAUUUUAGCUCUUUAACUAAAAAAAACAAGGGUCCAAGACUUGAUCCUGGUGGAACCCCCUGAUACAUUUCUUGUUUAAAACUACUACAGUGUUUUUCUGAAUGCUUAAACACUAACAGUGAUUCUUGAAGCACUAUCUCUGAAACCAUUAACACUUGUAGCCAAUGCAUUUACCAAGCAAUCAGAAACUGUAAUGGAAACACUGAAGCUCCCAGUCAUUUAUGUAGAAAUAAAAUAAUAAAGAAUGGGGAUUGAUGAACUUUACCAACUGUGUCAAGGCAGCAGUGAUGUCGAGCAAAAGUAAAAGGUGUAAACUCUUUUUGAAUUACUCAUGAUCUUGAGAUAACUUACUCUAAUAUGGGCUGUUUCAGUGCUGUGAUUAAAUCUGAAACCAGUGUGAAACACAUCAUAUACACUCGAGAUGGAACUUGUUUACAGAAUAAGGAAACAAAGACUUAUAGAUAAUCCUAAGGGUUUCCUACUUGCACUAGUUUAAAGUUAAAAAUUCAGAUUUUGGUGCACUGUACACUAAUAGUUGUGUUAGACUCCUGUAAUUAUAACAACAUGGGGCCUUUUUACUCGAUUAAGUGCUUUAUGUCAUAGUUGAGCACCUUACAUGUGCUUUUUUUUUUCUUUUUUUCUUUUUUACAAUUUUAAAUAAAUUUUUUUGCUGUAAUUUCUAGGUUUGUUCUACAGCCUCUGCUGAACAUCCUGUGUACGGCCAACUGUAAGAUCAAACGUAAAGGUUGUCAUUGUCACCGUCAUCUUAUUCAUGGUAGUGUCUAACGACAGAUAGUAUCUGUGGUUUGCUACUUCCUUGAAGUCAUAGAAUUUGCUAAUAUAACAUCAGAAGCUGCGCACCUCCACAUUACACAAGAAAGCCUUCAUUGCUAAAUAGCCUUAUUCUUGAUAAACCUACGUACAUCAAGAAAGGAGGGAUGAAGCUGCAACUUAUCAUUGUUAGUGUCUUGAAGUGUUUCGUCCUAACCAAUCAAGAAGACUUGGAGAGACAGCUGCCAGAAAUGGGGGAAUUUAUCUUGGAUGAGAGCAUCCUUUUAUCCUUGUUGAAUGCAACGUUUCCUCCAUAUGUAGAUGACGAUACACUGUAUCAGCCUUGCAGUGUAACUGUGCCUGGAUUGAGCAGCAUGGGCCUGCUGAUCACCUUCAUCAUCGUGUUUGUCUUCAGCCUGGUGGGAAACAGUGUAGUUAUCUAUGUUGUUUCCUAUAUGAAGAAAGGUAGAGCCAGCACGGAUAUCUUCUUGAUGCACCUGGCUGUGGCAGACCUUCUCUUCUGUCUUACUCUCCCGUUUUGGGCUGUGGAUGCUCAUUCUGGUUGGAUAUUUGGCACCUUCAUGUGUAAGCUCCUGUCAGGCUUUCAGGAGGCAGCAGUAUACAGUGGUGUCUUCCUGCUGGCAUGCAUCAGUGUGGACCGUUACUUUGCCAUUGUGAGAGCUACACGUGUCUUGUUCUCCAAUCACCUGUGGGUGAAAGUGGUGUGCAGUGUUGUGUGGCUGGUGGCUGGAGUGCUGUCCCUACCCGUGGCAAUUCAGAGGGAGAGCAUCUAUGCUGAAGACCUGGGACGGACCAUUUGCUAUGAAAACCUAACUGGUGAAAACAGUGACCAGUGGCGUCUUAAUGUGCGCGUCCUGCGCCAUGUGAUGGGCUUUUUCCUGCCACUGGUGGUGAUGGUUGUCUGCUACGGCUGGACUGUGGUGACGCUGUUUCACGCACGUAAUCUACAAAAGCGCAAGGCCAUGCGAGUCAUCAUAGCAGUGGUGCUGGCAUUUGUUCUGUGCUGGCUUCCUUAUAACAUUACUGUGCUGAUUGACACGCUCAUACGGGGUGGAUCACUUAAAGUGGGGACAUGUGAUAUACCCCACAGAGUGGCAGCAGCGCUUUAUGUGACCAGAGUGUUGGCCUUCCUGCACUGUGCAGUCAAUCCACUUCUGUACGCCUUCAUUGGGGAGAAGUUCCGUAACCAGCUGCUCUUUGCUCUUUACAAACAUGGCCUCAUCAGCAAGAGGCUCCAGAUGGCUUACACGAGAGGCUCUAUCAGCAGUGGUGGGAGCAUCAGAUCUAGAAACACCUCUGUUACAAUGUAAAUAACUCCUGAAGGAAGAUUUUUUUACAGUGGUGGUGAUUUUCACUUGCACCAAAAUGAGGAAAGUAUAGAAGAGUAUAAAAGACCCAUCAACCAUGUGGAUUGAUUUCAAGGUACAUGUACAGUAUAAUCUGACAAGAAUAAGAAAAUGUUAAGGAUUUAAAUUCUAUAUUGAUAACUCUAUAACAGCAUUUGUACAUUGUCUGAAUUUGAAUAAUGUUAUUAACCAUUACACAGUAAUACACAGUGGAGAGUGCUUCCUCUGAUGGUGAACUGUCAAAUUAAAUAAUACCAAGUACUUAAGCUCAAUUUGGUUUUAGACACUUUAGACACAGAUUUGUACCCUGCAGCAAAGGGAUGCAUUGUUCUCAAAAACAAUCUGCCGUGUCUUUUGACGCUGAGUGACUCACCUUGUUUGAAGUUUCAUUAUUGAGUCAAACAAGAAAAACUCAAUGUUCUACCAAAAAAAAAUUCUGUGCAGAUUCAUGUUUCAUUGAUGUGUUUCGUGUGAACGUGAUGAAGGUGCACAUGCAUUAAUUACUUUGAUGGUGUCCUAUUCUUCUUUUUCUUUUACUAAGUGGUGCAAUUAUUUCAUCUAGUUCAUCUUUAUUGUCAUCUCCUUGUUUUGUUUUGAGUUGAUCACUGUACAUUUUUUCACCUUCAUGACAAACAGUAGUGAAAAUAGAAAAAUAUGUUUGUUGCAAUCAGAUCUUAAUCUUAAUCUUUCAAACAGGAAGAAGUGCUGAAAACAACACUCCCUGUAAGAAUACAAUGUACUUGUCUGUCUCUUUGAUAAAUGAUUUUCAUUCAGAUAAACCUCCAGAGUCUAUACAAACAACUGGUGUUGGAAACAUAACAUUGUUCCUUGUAAUCAAUUCUGUAAUUGUAAAAUGUAUUUUUUUUAUUGUUUCUUGCAGUAAGUGAUAUGGCUAUGAAAUGAGAUACUUGAUCUGUCGAUCUGAAUGUCUACCAUCAUCACAAGAUUAUUUGUGUAUAUGCAGUUACAUGUGGACAUGGUGUGUGUGUCUGCGUGUGUGCGCGUGCGUGCGUGUGUGUGUGUGUGCGUGUGUGU